AAAAGAUACAUCACUAAAGUAAAGAAGCCAUUUUGUGGUGUCGUUGUAGCGUUGAAUAAUGUUGACUAAAUUUCGUCUAUUUUACAUGGGGGUAUAACUUUUUGUUAUGUUUUGGGAAAAGUAAUCAAAAUAAACAUUGUUUACUUCGUUAAUUUUGUGAAAUAAUUUAUAACUACUAUGGAGCUUAUUGUUCCUGAUACUUGUUAUAAAGUGGUCUGUAGUGGUUGCUUAAGCAUAGAUAGAAAUUUUACACAAGUAAAUCAAUCUACAACCCUUUUUAAGUUGUUUCGAUCGCUUUUAGCAGAUUACGCGGGAGAAAAUCUUGAAGACUCUCUAAGUUACUUUUAUAAAAUACAAUUAACACUGUGCUGGGAAUGUGUUGCCAUGUUAACCAAAUUUAAAAAGUUCAAACAGCAAGUUCAAACCGCAUAUGAGCAUUUAAAAGUAUUGUCCUUGACUCAAACACAAGAGAAUCUGGACCACACAUAUAUGGCCCAAUCACUGUCUCCAUUAGAGUAUUCAAUAAAAAAUAAUUAUGAUAGAGUCUACAUAGAUUACCAGGAACAUACAGAAAUCUGGCCUCAGCCAUACAUUACAAUAACUACUCAGGAUGUUAAAAAUGAGUCAUUUGAGGUAUCACAAGCACUUAGGGACAACAUUACCUUGGGAACUGAUGAUCCAGUUUUAGAAGUACCUGAGCUCGUGCUAAAAAACCCGGUGACCGGUGCCUUAUCACAUAUAGUUGUGGGGACAGAUGCCCUGGUCUCAUCAGUGGAUUAUAAUGUCAAGGGGGAAAUGACGGAACUGAUUGUUCAGCCGCAAGAAAACAUGCAAUCUAUGAAAGACGAAUCGAAGUCUAAAGAUGAGACGACAGAAGGAAAAUCUGGAUUUAUUACUGAGUAUAUGUCGCAAGAGGACAUGUUGGCAUCUCGGGAGGAAUUAAAGAAGAAAGUACGCUAUGUAAGCUCGGUUUAUAAGUGUGAAUUGUGUAUAUUAGAGUUUUACCUGCAACAACAGGUUGAGGAACAUUUCGAUGCGGCUCAUAGUGAGCGACCUGGCUGCACACCCUGCAAAAUUUGCUACGUAUAUGUCGAGUCGUCAAAACUGCAGGCACAUAUAGACAAGCACUACAUAAGAUAUAUAUGUAAACUAUGUUCGCGUGUUGAAUAUAGUAUCAAAUUAAUAUCUCUUCACGUUAAAACACAUUUGGAUAAGAAAUUGCCCAAUAGCGUUAUACAAAUUGGGGAUAGCGACGGUGUGAAAAAGCGCCGAAAGAAAAAGUCUCAAGUAGUAGAAGAAAUAACAAAUCCGAAACCAGGUGAUCUCAGAAAGUUAUUAUCAAAAACUACUAUAGUUGGCUACAAGUGUUUGGAAUGUGAUUUAUUUUUCAAAAACUCCCGCGCAAGAAAAAAUCACGUCGCCAGAUGCCAUAGAGAAGGAUUGCAGUGUGACCAUUGUAAAAAACGAUUUGUGAACCGGACGACAUUGGUUACUCAUUUGAGACUUCACGAAGGGCCCUUGCCCCGGGAGAAAUGUCCUAUAUGUAAUAAAAUGGUGCGCGUGAUUCAACUAAAAUAUCACAUACAGAGACAUCAGAAUUCCAGUCGAUACGAGUGCUCGGAUUGCAAUAAAGUCUUCUCGCAUCUUGCGACGUAUCAGGCGCAUCUUAAAUAUUCGCGGGCGCACGCGUCGGAUACAGUGUUCAAAUUUCAAUGUCCAAUGUGCCAUAAGGGUUACCCGACGAAAGACGCGAUGCAGGACCACUUCAACUACCAACAUUUGGGGAAAACGACGCAUAAAUGUCCGAUAUGUAGCAAGCCGAUCGCAUCAAAGGCGAAUGUUGAAAAGCACAUAAUGAGGGUACAUCGCGAGAAAAAGGAGAAACCGAAGAAUCAUAUGUGUAAUCUAUGCGGGAAGAAAUUUUCGGACAAAAAGGCCCUGAACCAACACGAGGUGAUCCACUCAAUGGAGAGGCCGUUGACAUGCGAGAUUUGUUCGCAAUCGUUCAAGCAAAAGGCAUCCUUAUAUACACAUAAGAAGCGUGUACAUAAAGUUCAGCCCCAGAAACGAGUUGUGGAGUUUAUGGAUAGAGAUGGGUCCUAAAGACUAGGUGCGUUUAAAACUUCAUCUUUACAUAGUUUUAGGUAAUCCGGCCAAGGCCGUUAAAAAUCUUGUCUUAUAAUUUGUUAAUCUAUAAAGUUUGACAAUUGAUAGAGUAACACUUUCAAUCCAAAACAUUGAAAAUUGAAAAUUUUAUUAAUGUUCUUUGUAUAAUGCGUUUAGAUAAGUUUUUAUAAGGAGUUAUGUAAAUAAUGUAAAUAAAUUAUAUGUAUAUAUAUUAAUGAAUUUAAACACCGUUUGUGGCUUAGUUGAUAAUGUGCAUUAAUUAGGGGCCGCUAAGUACAUAUUACGUAAGUGGAUUUACAGCAAUUUAAAUUGUCAUUAUAUUUUAAUUUAUCUUGUGAAAUAAACAAAAAAAUAAUGGUGUAUAAACGUAUUCAUUAGACAUAGACAUAGACAAUAUGUAAUAUGUGUAUAAAAGCUAAACAUUACUGUUGACGUAAUAACCCAAUAAGAAAAUAAGAACAAACACACACACACACAAACCCCCCCCCCCCCCCCCCCACGCCUAUAGUGCUUACUUAAUACUUGAACGUCCUCUUAACCCGAAGGUCUUAUGUUCCGUGGGAAAUUGACAUUUUAAAACAUCAGUGAAACGUAUCAUAUGCUCUGUGGGCCAACCAUGAGCUCUUACUGCGAGCCCAUUGACAACAAACAACAGAGUCCCAUGACCCAUCAUCAAUUCGUACAAUGACAGAAAAAACGAGACAGUUUAUAGUAUUGUCUUUUAUUAACAUAACUUUUACACAUACACCGACGUUUCGCGUGCUUUACAGCGUGCGUGUUCACGGUGACUGAAGACAAAAGGUGUCGAA